UGUAAAAAAAAGAAACUUAUAUAACGAAUUUAAUGACACCAAAUAAUUUUAUGAAUAAUAUAGCUUCCUGUAAAAAAAAAAACUUAUAUAACACUCCAAAUUUAAUGACACCAAAUAAUUUUAGAAACCGCGUAAAAAAAAUAUCCAUUUCCUUUUUCGGGUUCCCUGCCUUUCUCGCUUCUAAUUACCAACACACUUUCUCUUCUUCAUUCUUCUUCUUCCUCACCAAAAAAAAUCAAAUCAGAUUCUCUAGUGUCUCUCCGAAUCCCUAAAUCAAAAGGCUAUGCAGCAAGACCCGAACCCCAGACCCGCCACUGGGUAUCCAUACCCGUACCCUUACCCGAAUCAACAACCCCCCGCAUCCGCCAACGGUUACCCUCCCAACGCCUACCCAUACCAAAACUACCACGCGCCUCACCCCGAUCCACGCGCCCUCCUAAUCCGCCGCCUCUUCAUAGCCCUGAUGGUCUCCAUCCUCUUCUUCGGCCUCAUCCUCUUCAUCUUCCUCCUCGUCGUCCGCCCCCAGCUCCCCACCGUCUACAUCACCUCCCUCUCCGUCUCCGACUUCAACGUCUCCAACAACCAGCUCACCGGAAACUGGGACCUCCGCCUCCAGUUCCUAAACCCUAACUCCAAGAUGUCGCUCUACUACGACACCGUCCUCUGCGCCGUCUACUACGGCGACGAUUCCCUCUCCAAGACGCGGUUGCAGCCCUUCGACCAGGGGACCAAGGAUCAGACCCCGAUCAACGCGACGCUCUCCGUCUCCGGGACCUACGUGGAGGGAAAGCUGGCUGAUUCGAUCGGGAAAGAGAGAGCGGAGAAAGGAAGCGUGGAGUUCGAUUUGAGGAUGGUCUCUGUGGUUACUUUCCGGUACGGAGUGUACCGGAGGAGGAGGUACGUCAGGGUUUACUGUGAUGACGUGGCGGUUGGUGUACCGGGGAGUAGUAGUUCGGGGAAGAUGGUUGGGUCGGGGAAGAGAUGCAAUUCUUAUUGACCUUUAGGGAUAUUUUUACAAUUUUAGGGUGUGGUUUUAACCAAUUCCUGCGGUUAUUGAAUGUAUAAAUCGACGAUGGUCUUGAAAGAAAUGAAAUUUUCGGAUAAUGUCUUAUUUUGUUGAGGAUGAAUGAUUCUCUGUUUCAUUGUUAAAGAUGAUUCUAUUUCUUAUCUUACCCUGUAAUAAGGAAUAAGAUUGUGUGGCCUGGUUGAAGAUAGUCAAACUUGAACGGUCUAUGGAAUGAUUUUGGGUCUA